GUUGCUAUGAUACGGUAAACUGUCUGAAUGUUUGGGGAAACAAUCCGGUAAGACGACAGAAAUACCCGCUUAGUGAAUGAAUAUUAAUGUUCAUUUGAUUAUCCAUCGCCAUCGUGAUACAUACCUGUAGUCGUGAUGGAGAUUGUGUAUGUGUACACGAAGAAGCGCAGCGAGUUUGGCCGGCAGUGCAACUUCUCCGACCGGCCGGCGGAGCUGCACGUGGACAUCCUCCCCGAUCCCUCUCUCGCGGCCAACUUCAUCGAGCGGGACCCCUGCGACGUGCCGUUACAGUGCGCUCAGGAGAUGUCCGAGCAUGAGGUGAACACGGAGCGCUACGAGUCGGAGAGCCGUGGGAUUAACCACGUGGAGGGCGGCUGGCCGAAGGACGUCAACCCCCAGGAGAUGGAGCAGACCAUCCGCUUCCGCAAGAAAGUGGAGAAGGACGAGAACUACGUCAACACCAUCAUGCAGCUGGGCAGUCACAUGGAGCACUGCAUCAAGCAGAACAACGCCAUAGAUAUUUACCAGGAGUACUUUGAAGACAGUGAGGAGAUGGAGGACUGUGAGGAGCAGCCCUGGGCUAAGACCAUCAACGUAUUCAGAGACCCUAAUGAGAUCAAGCGCACCGCCACGGGCCUGUCCUGGCACCCGGACGGCAGCCGAAAGCUGGCCGUGGCGUACUCCUCCCUGGAGUUCCAGCGGGCCGCCGCCGACAUGAGCCUGGACUCCUACAUCUGGGACACGGAGAGCCCCAACAAGCCAGAGAUGACCGUUAAGCCUGUUUCCCCUCUCAUUUGCCUGGAGUAUAACCCCAAAGACUCCCACGUCCUGGUCGGUGGCUGCUACAACGGACAGAUAGCGUACUGGGACACGCGUAAAGGUAGCCAGGCCGUGGAGACGUCCACCAUCGAGCACAGUCACAGGGACCCCGUCUACAAGGUCAUCUGGCUGCAGUCAAAGACGGGCACUGAUGUGUUCUCCGCCUCCACCGACGGCCAGGUCCUGUGGUGGGACAUCCGAAAACUGAGCGAGCCCACGGAGAGGCUGGUGCUGGACCCCAGCAAGAAGGGGAACCUGGACAACGCACUGGGCGCCAUUUCCCUGGAGUUUGAGCCCACCAUGCCCACGAAGUUCAUGGUGGGGACGGAGCAGGGCCUGGUGGUCUCCUGCAACCGCAAGGCCAAGACCCCCGCCGAGAAGAUCGUCUGCACCUACAGCGGCCACCACGGCCCCAUAUACGCCCUGCAGAGGAACCCCUUCUUCCCCAAAAACUUCCUGACGGUGGCCGACUGGACCGCGCGCAUCUGGUCCGAGGACAUCAAGGAGUCCUCCAUUAUGUGGACCAAGUACCACAUGGCCUUCCUCACAGACGGCUGCUGGAGUCCAGUCAGGCCUUCUGUGUUCUUCACCGUCAAAAUGGACGGAACUCUGGAUGUGUGGGACUUCCUGUUCAAGCAGAACGAUCCCACCCUCAGUCUGAAAGUGUGUGAUGAGGCUCUGUUCAGUCUCAGGGUGCAGGAUAACGGGCGCUUCCUGGGCUGUGGCUCUCAGCUGGGCACAGCCACACUGCUGGAGAUCUCCCCAGGACUGUGCACCCUGCAGAGAAACGAGAAGGCCCUGGCCACCGCGAUGUUCGAGCGCGAGACGAAGCGGGAGAAGAUUCUGGAAGCCCGGCACCGGGAGAUGCGCCUGAAGGAGCGGAGCCGCUCGGAGCAGAGCAAGGAGGAGGAGGGCAAGGAGGCGCACGGGGAGGAGAACGCCGAGGAGCUGAUCGCGCAGGCGGAGAAGGAGUUCUUCAGCAUAGUGGAGGGAGAGCUGAAAAAGAAGGAGAAGGAAGAGGAGAAAUACGAGGAGAAAGACGUCUGUGAAGAAAAAGAUGGCUGAACAGCCACUACACGUCUUGCGUAAUUGCCUCCUUGAAUGUGACAAACCAUAUAUAUGCAUAUUAUCUGCAAGCCAUGUGAGACUUAAUUAGCACGUGGCGUGUGAAGUUCUAACAAAUUAUUAUUUUGUGCUGCAACACACAAAAAACACAAGAGGACAAUUGUUUAAAUGCUUUGAAACAGCACGUAAAGUUUAAUGACACGCAACGCAUGUACUGGCAGUGUGUGAAUCGCGCUAUUUACAAUUUCCACACGGUUAAUUGUUUUGACUGUACAGAAUCAGAUUCCGCUGUAGUAAUGAGACAUUUUUAGGCUUCCAGUCUUUUGCCGAGGCCCAUCGAUGCUCCUUCCGAAAGGAACACGCCGAGGUGUCGACUUCACCCCAGGGAGUCACACCCUUCCAAAAAAAAACCUUGUCCCAGUUGUUCAAUGAAUGGCCCAGGUACAGGCAACUCAGCAGUAUGGACCUCCCAUUCAGAAAGUACCAAGUUUGGCCCUUUCCUUGUGAAUUCUUGCAUGUGAAAUGGCCGCGUGCCUGGCCCGCCAUGCCUGCAGCCCAGCCCCUGUUGUUUCUCAGUAGUAGUGACGCUGUGGUUUGUGCACUGCUGAGAACAAGUUUCAACCAGUUUUAUCAGCAACACAUCGGACCAACUGCGCGCGUGAAGGCGAGGACGCUGAAGUGUAUGACAUGAACAGGAAGAGCUGUGAGCAGAUGGCAAAGAUGGGUUCAUGGGUUUUGUGAUUUGAGUGACAUGUGAGGUCACACUUGUAUCUUGGCUCGGUUGCACGCAUAUAUUUUUGGUAAAAAUACUGAAGGGGUAAAAAAAAAAAUGUCUCGUUUUCACAGUGUGUGAACAGGCUUUAGACGCUGGUGACAGUUUGUACUUUGCAGUUUGGAUGGUCUCCGUUCACCGCGGUUUUACAUGACAGCAAAGCAACUGAAACAGCCUCGUAGACCGGAGAUAUUUGCUUGUCAUUUCCACUCCAAUGUACUUCCCCUUUUCUCUUCCCUGAUACCCCGGAGUCCUCCAUGGCUUCUAAAUCAACAAAUUAUGUCCGAAAAAUCAUAUACAAAGAGGAUUGUUUGAUGAACACCAGCACUUUAUCCACUGAGGAAGAAUCUUACUAAUUAAAUGUCCUUCUUACUCCCACGAACUGUACUCUUUUCACUGUUGUUUUUGAAGGAAAUGCAAACACAUCCUUAUUUGGCAGAAGUGGAUGACUUCUAAAAAAAGAUAUUGUGGGGGUAUAGGUUUGGUGUCACAAUAUGAAAGAUGAUGAUUAUAAAUUACACCGAUGAUAAAAUUCGAGUGAAAAUGACAGUUCACAACAGACGGUAUUAUUCCAGUACGGUCACUGUGCAUCAAUGGAUCUCGCUGUUGUUCUUUGAACCUCCAAUUGAGUCUGUGACUUCACCAGUAAUCAUCCACUUUGUUUGAGCGCCUGGAGGAGGUGUCAUUUCAUUUUUCUAAAGCAGGUUCUUUACAUUCAGACAAAUGGGAAAAAUUUUAAUAACAGCAUUCCUCACACCUGGAAAACUGAAAUUCCGUUCUCUCCCAUCUCCCUGCUUGCGCCACUGAACACCUGCAGCUCAUGCAGAAUGCAGCCGCACACCUGCGCAGUCUUCCUGAACCUGUUCACCUGUCCAAACCGGCUUCACUGCUUUCACCUGUUACAGCUGGGGUGGGCUAUUCCGGUCCUGGAGGGCCAGUGCACAUGCAGGCGUCUGUUUCCAGCAGCCGCCCUGGCUAAAUGAGCCAAGUGGCUGUACACACCAACACUGGCUCACUCAUAGAUUAGAUCACAGUAAAACCUUUCACAUAAGGACACGAGAACGGUCUUCAGCCGACAUUCAUGCGCUUCUCAAGAAAUGCAGCUGAAAUUUCAGAUGGCGCUAAAGUUAGGGCAAAUUAAGUUAAGGCCAGAUGUUUCUAAGGCAGGAAAACCAGAAACAGAGAUGGUCCUCGUUGCCCACAUCUGCAUUAGCCUGCAUCAAGUGUGAAAACCUUGGUACUAGCGAAUGGAAUCAUGUUCACAUUUCUCUUCUUAGGACUUAUGGAUGUAGUGUGUAUUUACAAUUUGUACUUUGGUUCUUUGUAAGAAUACUUGUACUAGUGCCUCAAUGAUGUUGCAUCUUCCAAUGUAAUGCUAUAUAAUAUAUGCAGUCGUAUGUAAUCAACUACAUACUGUAGGACUACCUUUAUAAGAAUGACUUCUGCAAGUCAUGGCAUCAAAGUUUUACUUCUUCCCCAAUUAAACCAUAAAUCUUGUCAAAAUCAAAAAUGAGGAAAAUAGUUUAAACGUAAGCAUCAUAUCUAACAUUUGCGUUAAAACAUGCAAGCUCCUAUUCCUGACAUUGAAAGUUCACCCAAAAUGUUUGAUCCAUAUGCAAAAUAAAGACAACAGAAUUAUUUUAUAA